CUAGAAAAUGGAAAAGAAAUGGAAAUGGACAAUUAGAGAGUCAAUCCGGGAGGCCAAAUAUUUAAAAGAGAAAAUAAAAAAGAAUGCAGGGAGGAAAUUACCAAGGAAUAAUACAAGAAAUCUCUCAGAACUGAAGAAGGUGUUUUUAGGUUAAAAAUGUCUUCCAGGGCUCAGCAUAACGAUCAAAAAAGACCUAGAACCGUCACCUGCACAUGACGGUGAAGUUUCAGAAAAGGACAUAAAACGAACUGCAGAAACUCCUGGAGGAGGAGCAGGUGCUCUCCAAGAAGCAGGAAUGAAACUGGUGUGGGACUUGUCAGUGACCCUGAGAACUUUGGGAGGCAGAGAGGCAACACCUUCAGUUAUAUUUUCAGCCUGCAGUCUUCUGUGCCAGCAGACUACCAAGAGAGUGUGAGGGUGGAACGAACUGGUUGGGCUCUACAGAGUCUCGAAUUCACUUCCCUGUAUGCUUUUUUUGGAAUUAUGGAGGAUGGGCUCCACCCAAAAGAAGGAAUAAAUUGAGAAAAAAGAUGAGAUGGUAUCCAGGAAACAGAGUUCACACUAGAGAGAGGUGAAAGAAAUCCCAUGAGGCUCUCGCUUGCAGUGAGCUGCAUACCCCGUCACUAGAUCGGAAACCAAAUAGUUUUGUAGCAGUGAGUGUCACCACCCCUCCUCAGGCCUUCUGGACAAAGCACGCGCAGACGGAGAUCAUCGAGGGAACCAACAAUCCUAUCUUCCUAAGCAGUAUUGCCUUCUUUCAGGACUCUCUUAUCAAUCAGAUGACACAAAUCAAACUAUCUGUGUAUGAUGUCAAAGAUAGAUCUCAGGGAACAAUGUAUUUACUGGGCUCUGGAACAUUCGUUGUCAAAGAUCUGCUCCAGGACAGGCAUCAUAGGUUGCAUCUAACACUAAGGUCCGCAGAGAGCGACCGUGUGGGUAACAUCACCGUGAUUGGCUGGCAGAUGGAAGAGAAGUCAGACCAGCGGCCCCCGGUGACUCGGUCUGUGGACACCGUCAACGGGAGGAUGGUGCUGCCCGUUGAUGAGAGCUUGACCGAGGCCUUGGGAAUCCGGUCUAAAUAUGCUUCAUUGCGAAAAGACACUUUACUGAAAUCAGUGUUCGGUGGCGCCAUCUGCCGCAUGUACCGCUUCCCAACCACCGACGGCAACCACCUGCGGAUCCUGGAGCAGAUGGCGGAGAGCGUGCUGUCCCUGCAUGUGCCCCGACAGUUUGUGAAGCUCCUGCUGGAAGAAGACGCAGCCAGAGUCUGUGAGCUGGAGGAGUUGGGGGAGCUGUCCCCUUGCUGGGAGAGCCUCCGGCGCCAGAUUGUCACCCAAUACCAGACCGUCAUCCUCACGUACCAGGAGAACCUGACUGACCUCCAUCAGUACAAAGGUCCCUCGUUUAAAGCAAGCAGUUUGAAAGCAGAUAAAAAGUUAGAAUUUGUUCCCACAAACCUGCACAUACAAAGGAUGAGAGUGCAAGAUGAUGGAGGAUCAGAUCAGAACUACGACAUCGUCACCAUCGGAGCACCAGCGGCACACUGCCAAGGUUUUAAGUCAGGAGGUCUCCGCAAAAAGCUGCACAAAUUUGAAGAGACUAAGAAACACAGUUUUGAAGAGUGUUGUACGUCGUCUAGCUGCCAGUCCAUCAUCUACAUACCACAGGACAUCGUCAGAGCCAAGGAGAUCAUUGCCCAGAUCAACACCCUCAAAACCCAAGUUAGCUACUAUGCGGAGCGGCUCUCAAGGGCAGCCAAGGACAGGUCGGCCACUGGCCUCGAGAGGACUCUGGCCAUCUUGGCAGACAAGACCCGGCAGUUGGUCACUGUCUGCGACUGCAAGUUACUGGCCAACUCCAUCCAUGGGCUGAAUGCUGCGCGGCCUGACUACAUCGCCUCCAAGGCCUCCCCCACCUCGACUGAGGAGGAGCAGGUGAUGCUUCGGAACGACCAGGAUACCCUCAUGGCCAGGUGGACGGGGAGGAACAGCCGAUCUUCCCUGCAGGUGGACUGGCAUGAGGAGGAGUGGGAGAAAGUGUGGCUGAACGUGGACAAGAGCCUGGAGUGCAUCAUCCAGCGGGUGGACAAGCUGCUGCAGAAGGAGCGUCUGCACGGCGAGGGCUGUGACGACGUCUUUCCCUGUGCGGGCAGCUGCACCAGCAAGAAAGGUAACCGCGACAGCCACGCCUACUGGAUCAGACCGGAAGACCCCUUCUGCGAUGCCCCCUCCUCGCCAUGCCCUUCCUCCAUGCCCACCGCUGCAUGCCAUCCUCACCCGAGCACACAUUGCAGCCCCCCUCCUGAAGAGUCCAGCCCAGGUGAAUGGAGCGAGGCCCUCUACCCACUGCUGACCACCCUCACCGACUGCGUGGCCAUGAUGAGCGACAAGGCCAAGAAGGCCAUGGUCUUCCUGCUCAUGCAGGACAGCGCCCCCACCAUAGCCUCCUACCUGAGCCUGCAGUACCGCCGCGACGUGGUCUUCUGCCAAACCCUGACAGCUCUCAUCUGCGGCUUCAUCAUCAAGCUGCGGAACUGCCUGCACGACGACGGCUUCCUGCGGCAGCUUUACACCAUCGGGCUGCUGGCCCAGUUUGAGAGCCUGCUGAGCACCUAUGGUGAGGAGCUGGCCAUGCUGGAGGACAUGAGCCUUGGAAUCAUGGACUUGAGGAACGUGACCUUUAAAGUCACGCAGGCCACUUCCAAUGCAUCAGCGGACAUGCUGCCUGUCAUCACAGGCAAUCGUGAUGGGUUUAACGUGCGGAUCCCCCUGCCAGGCCCGCUCUUCGACGCCCUGCCCCGGGAGAUCCAGAGCGGCAUGCUGCUGCGCGUGCAGCCCGUCCUCUUCAACGUGGGCAUCAACGAGCAGCAGACCCUGGCCGAGAGGUUUGGGGAUACGUCUUUACAAGAAGUCAUCAACGUGGAGAGCUUGGUGCGGUUAAAUUCCUACUUCGAACAGUUUAAGGAAGUUUUACCUGAGGAUUGUCUACCUCGGUCCCGCAGUCAGACCUGCCUGCCAGAGCUGCUGCGGUUUCUGGGUCAGAACGUCCACGCCCGGAAGAAUAAGAAUGUGGACAUUCUCUGGCAAGCUGCUGAGAUCUGCCGCCGCCUUAACGGGGUCCGAUUCACCAGCUGCAAGAGCGCCAAGGACCGCACGGCCAUGUCGGUGACGCUGGAGCAGUGCCUGAUCCUGCAGCACGAGCACGGCAUGGCCCCGCAGGUCUUCACCCAGGCCCUGGAGUGCAUGCGCAGCAUUGGAACACGGGAGGUAGUCACCCAGAAGAACUUGAGCGGCCUGGUGCCCAUCCGGGACUUAAGGCUAGACCCCAGCCUCCUCUGUUCCCUUCCUUUAUUAGCGCUGAGCCCCAAUUUACUGAUUGUGUGGCUCUUUCUGAGCAUAGCAUACCUGGUGACCAAAUUGCGUUGCAAAUGAGUAUCAUUCUGAAAAAUUAAUGAGUCACAAGAGAAAACAAAAGUGCCCGAAUAUGUCCAGCCACCGUGUACCUAACUGCACAGAAGGAAGGUGUCAAAGCGUGGCCUGCCAAGAAAUAUCUCAUGCCUUACAGUUUGAUGUUUUGUUCUUCUGAACUGUACAUACCUGCCAAAUUAUUUCGCCAAGAGGACUUGUUCAUUUCAAUCCUGUAGCGUCUUCAGUGCUUGUAACAUGUUCUUACGGUGCUGUGCCCGUUACCACUUUAUUUAGCUGGCCUGGAAUGAUUUGUACCAAAUCUCUAACCUUCUGAUGUAAAGCUGUUUAUUACCUGUACAUCUCAUGUGCCCUAUUUCCAAGAGAAGGGAAUUCUGUCUGAAAAGAAUUUGUAUAUUUGAUACUAUUCUUUAAGUGUACCGCUCACCUUACCCUUCCCUUUUGAAGAAAAAUGAAAAAGAUAGAUGCUUUAUAACUGACUCAUCAGAUCAGCCUAUUUCAUAGGACAUAUACUUUCUGCUUUCAUUUUAAAGCGUAGUCCCUGGAUUACAGUAGCAAACAGUUUGCAGAAUCAUGCAUUUCCUUGCUUCUUUAGUUCCAGUUGGGGGUGACACAGCUCUGAAGAGAGUAGAGCAUUGUCUCAUGUCGGCACAUAAAGAUCACAUUUUGCAUGUGACUGCAGAGAACUCCUGGAUGUUACACUGACUCUAGGAAUUAAUGCACAUUGUAACAAAAGGACCUUAAGUUACAUGCACUUACUUUUCUUGACCUAGCAUUUUACAUUUAAAAAAAUCCGUCUGUAAUUUCAGGUUAAGUCCACACAUCCCUGUCUUACUAACCACAUAUGGUUAGUAAUGAACAACAGCGCCCCCCUCAAAAAGUCAAAGAACAAUUACCAAAAAAUGAGGGUUAGCUUUUGAGUAGUUGUGUCCUGAGAGUUACUUUAAUUCCUGCUAUUGUAACUCUUCAUUUUAACAUAGUAAUGUCCCUAACACAGGAUGAUUGUCACCUUAGCAUUCGGAUGUGGCAGGGGGUAAUUGUCUGCCCGUAAAGUUGACCAAAUAAACCAGGGGAAAUGCUGCACACCCUGAGUAAGAAAGUGGCCUCUCUGCGCCUCUCGGGUUGUAUUAGAUUCUGCUUCUAUUUUGGAUUUCUAAUUGGUUUCCUGUACGCUAAAACUUACGAAGUGGAUUUCUUUUCACAAGUGUAGAAAAAUGAGUAAAUUAGAAAAUCUGGCUUUUCCAGAAGCCCGGCCCCCACACGCACACAGGCCCAAUCCACAGCGGUCUGACCUCUCCAUUCUCUCUCCAAGACUUCCAGACCUUACCCUGGGUUUCUCCAACUUGGCAUCAGCACAGAGGAGGGGUUCUAGGAGUCACAGAAGCAAAGAAUGACAAGUGUCAAACCGAAACAGUAAACUCUACAAUGUAAGGCCUUCUCACACCCCGGGGACCGCUGCUCCCCAGACCCUCCGGCGCUGCAGGCGUCCUGGGCAGGCAUCACGCCUGUUAGCCUGUUGCGGAGUGCCCCGGUCUCUCUAGAGCAAGCUUUCAGUGCAAAGUCUCCCUGAUGGCGAGCUGACUGUGCCCUGGACUGUGCUGUGUCCAAACUUGGAAGCUUGCCCUGUUUCAUGCCGCGGUGCAUACUUCAACUUUUGGGGGCUAUUUUGUUUGCCUCAUUUGAAAAAGAAAAUAAGAGCCCACAGCCUCUGCUCAGGCGACAAGUUCCUGAUGCCCGUGGUGGCAGUCCCUGCGCACGCCCACCUUCACGGGACGGCGGCCAGGCGGGGACCACACACAGAGUAGGGAGGUGUCUUACCAGACAGCAUCCUCCCUCCCCAAGGCCCCUGGGUGCCUUGUGGUACUGGGCAGGGUCCCAUCUCAGGACCCCACCACACAGCAGAGAGAAGCUGGGGCAGCCGGAGGAGUCCUCCUGAGGGCGCCUCCAGGACACCGUGGCCUGAUCAGCUCCUGUCAGGGCCAGCAACGCCCUCUUGUCCUGUGUGAGCUGGCCGCUGGGUUGAGAGAGAAGCGGGGCAGAAGGGCAAGAGGCCCAGGCCCUUGGUUUUGCUGCUCCCGGGGCUGGGCAGAGGCUGUGCACUGCCCUGUCCCUGCAUCAGUCAGUCCAGGCAGCGGGUGGCUUUUGGUUUUCUUUUUUAACAGUAUCUGAGAAAACUCAGCAUGGAGGCCCUUUAUGCUGAGUUUUAACAUCACCACAGGCUUUAGCUCAUGAAACAAGGCCAGAUGCAUAUUCAUAAUCUUGUCUGCUUUAGCGAGAACCAGGCAGGGUGGAACUGGCAGGAGGUGCGCGGGAGGGGAGUUGCGCUGUUCGGUGCUGAAGCAGCUUCAGCGCGGAGGCGGAGUGAUGUCUUCUGCCCUAGCCCUGCAGUGUGCAGGCAGCCUUCUGAAGUUACAGGGCUUCCUGUUGGGUGGCCUUACGAGUUCUUUCAGUCAGUACGACGGUCACUGCUGACUGCCCUGCUUGUUUCAAGUGGAGAUCUUGAAACAGUGGCACAUUGUCCCUCUGCAAAGCAGCUCCCCGGUCUGCUGAAGGGUGGCCAAGCCACUGAGGCCUCCAGGUGGGCUCCAGGGUGGGAGAGCCCCGCCAGAGGAGGAAAUCCAGAGGCCUCCUUAAAGUUAGGUGUCAUUUAGGGAUUGCACAUGAACUUCAUUUCAAAAAUGGAUAUUCUUGAAAAAUAAGUACUUCUGAUGUAAUAGAAAAAUAAUCAGAUCACCUCAGAAUAACUACAACUCUCCUGCUGGCUUCCAUGGACCACCAGGGCGCCCUCUCACCUCUAUAGACCUGGUCCCAGGCUGAGUGACAGCUCAUGGAGACCCACACAUCACACAGUGGCAGCACAAAGGCUGUAGCCAGAUUUUAUAAAUGCCAACAUUCGGGAGAAAUGUUCGAUUUAGGAACUAAAUUGGUAGUAUAAUCUGAUGUAUGCAGUCAGCUAAACCAGGUAUCAGCUCCUUUCACAUGCAAAUACAGAUUGUUCUUCUCCCUCCUCAAGGGAGUUUGGCAGACCCUAGUAGCGAUAGCUGCUUUCUGAGAAGUUUGUACAUUUUGAUACAAAUGGAGAAGCCAUAUCUGAGUCUGUUAAUGUAAGCACUUCCAAAGAUUGUGUAUAAAAACCCAUGUCUUCUGCUUUAAAUAGAAAUAUAUUUUUAUCUGAUUACUGAAUGUUUGACACACGUGACCUUGCUCACGUGGCCUAGAUGCUCAACUCAGGUGACACAUGCAGCUGUGGAUGGGAGGCUCCAGGGCAAGAAAGCAUUGGAGUCGCUGCAUGCGUUAAUAGCCACCAGGUGGACAAUUUCCUAAAACUACUGUCUUACCAGAAAGUAUUUCACACAUUCUUGGUAAUGGGACUGUGGUUUUCACUUGGAAAGGCUUGAGCAGUUGUCACUGACAUUUUUAAAAUGCAUGGCACAGUGGUCUUCAUACAAAGUAUUUUUUUUAAGUCACUGUUUCUUGGUAACUGCAAAUUUCACAUUACAUAAGGGGGAUUUUAUACUGAACUUGAUAACUAGAUGAACUCAUUGCUAGUGUUAGAACAGUACACAAACACGAAGUUACACUGUGCUGUGGGAAGGCAUUUGUACUUAAAGAUCACUUUUGCUUGUGUAUUUUGUCUACAUCAGAACAUUUCCCAGAGAACUCACUGGAGGCUCCCACUGAGAAUGUGAGACCCACCUGUCUGUUCAUCCUCCUGGGUACCAUACAUUUUGCCACUGGGUUGCCAUGACAACCUCCAUCACCUGCAGCGGGGGAUGAUGUGGCAGUGAGUUCUCUAGGGAAGAGCACUGUGGGCUCUCACUGGCUCAGUGGCACUUGUGCAAGAGGUGACCGUGGUGAGGGCAGCAGCCCUAAAGGAGCGCUUCAUUGGCUCACUUCUUCACAAGGCCCCAGCUCUGAUAGUCAUGCGGACAGUGCCUGGGCCUGAGGGAUUGCUUUGCACCCAGAAGAGCUGUGCCCUAAGUGGAGAUCGAUGUCAGAACUGCUUCCUCAGCCACAAGGCUUUUCUACGUACUGAAUUCUGCAAGGGAAACCAGUAUUUUGAGUUUGAUGUGAUUGUAGUGCUCACCGUAUACAAAAAUGCAGCUCUUUAAACACUUUGCUGAGAGUGGUAAUAGUUCUCCCUCCACUUAAUUUGCUAUGUCAAAGAACCUUGGAGCCACAAGUUACGAUACAGCCUGAAAUAACUAGACUGGAGAUAAAUCACCAAUUUAAAGGAAUGCACUUCCACUUAGAUACAGCCCCGCUGUUGGAAAUCCCCAGCGCACGGCCCCAUACGGCUUGUAUUCAUCUCUGUGCUUCUUGCUUGUUUAGAAACCCGCCAUCCUGUGUGUAUUUGUUGUGAAGAGUCCCGCACCUGUUUAAAUGAAUCAUUUUUAAUGCUAUGAAAAUAAUCAGUUCAUUUCAUCUUA